AUGCAGGGAGUUACACCCAAGGGAGCUACCCAUACCGUCGGAGAGCUCAUGGACAAUGUUUCAUGUCCGUCACUGCUUCAUAUCCACGGAGACAGGAUUCAUGAGCGGCUUGCUAAGCCUCCAACUCGUCAUCACCCUGCGUCCUCUUAG